AUGGAUCAUCAGCAUUGUGUGGACUGUACCAAUUUUAUGAAGGAAAAAAAAAAGGAUGGAGGAAGGGGUCCCCAUUUGGAAAAGCUCCCCAUCGAUGUUAACGGUGAGAAGUUCCUCCAGGAUUUUAAGGGUUACUUGAGGAAUGUGAACCAAGCGUUUCUGCACUCGCGCCACGAAAUGUUUUCCGCUUGCAACUGGAGCAAUUUGGAAAGGGUUCUAGCAAAUUACGGGUCCAGCGAUGUUGUAAAAGCGUUCAGUGCGAGAUUAGCUUGUGCGCGCAGUUUUAGGCUGGAGUUGGCAGAGAGUUAUAAGAUGCACCAGGAGGAUCAGUACAUGGAAAGCACUUUGGAGAGGGAGAGCCACAUUAGACAGCGAAAAUUAAAACAGAGGCACUACGAACAGAUGGAGAAGCAGAUGUUCGCGCGGAACCAGAGGGAGUACAGGGACUUCGAAAGGAAAGAACUGCAAAAAGAGCACGAAGAGGGGAGGCGAAAAAUGCAGGGUGUGGUGAAGAGCAUAAUUCAUGCCGCGUUUAAGGUGGCACAAGUUGGAACCACCUAUGGCGAUACCUAUUUUUACGAUACUUUGUUCUCCUUGGAGAAGUCUUUUUUUAUGAGGAAAAUAAAAAAUAUGAGUGAGCUUGUCCAGAACAACACCCGCAUGAAUGAGCUAACUGUGGGGAUUACGCCAAUGGGCAUGUUUGAAAAAGGGGAAAAAAUGGAAGGGAAAAUAACUGGAGGCAGGUCUAAGGGAUCAGUCCCUCAGGGUUCCCCUAACCAGCUGAAUUUUCUGAAAUGCCAAAAAACCGUGGACAGGUUUUUCUGCCUAAAUCUGCGAAACGUCUCAGGUGGAGGAAGAAAACACAGCACAGAAAAACGCGCAUACGUGCACAUGUUGGCGUAUCUAGCUAACCAAGGCGAAAUGUCUGGACUAAACAGGAAAGAACUCCAUUCAGAACAUCCGGACAUACGUUAUGGAAAGCGCUACUCGGAUUAUAGAGAAAAAAUGUUGGAGGGCCUCCCACAGGUCGAUCUGAAUUACGUAAAGGAGAAAAUGGGGGAUAAAGAUAAACAAUUUUCCAUUUUCCCAAUGGACGUCGUUGAAGAAAAAGUUAAAGAAUUGCCCCUACUGAAGAGUCUACUGUUUAGAUUGUUUAAAAAAAGCCCAAGGGAGAGCCAUCCAUGGGGGAAGUACAAAUUGCCCCUAAAAAUUGCCAUCACGGGGAAAAUCAAAAAAGACGCCGAAAGAUUGGCUGAACAUCUAAGGAGGACAUUCCCCCUAAAGGUGUACGACGUUGAAAAUAUCGAAGAGGACCUCCGACGAAUUUGCAGCGGAGGGAGCAGCCACGAUGACCCACUGGAGGAGACAACUGCACACACACAAAGGAACAAAAAGAGAAUCGCCAGGAAGAUAAAAAAAAUUGCCCAAACAUUAAGACAAAAGAAUUACGAAGAAAAAAACAGGGACAGUAUCUACGCCGAUUUGUUGUAUUACAUCAUAAAGUACGAUUACGACCUCUUUCAUGUGGGCACAAGAAGGAGGAGAAGCAAGGGGUUAAUGGAGGUAUACUCAAACGAAGAAAGGAAAAUUUCAAAAAGAAGCAAGUACAAAGGAUACAUCAUUGUCAACUUUUUUUAUUCCCUAAAACAGUACGUCCUGUUUGAGCACAAAACGAAGAAGCGUUUUAUCUUCAACGGUUUUUUACAUGAACACGUUCAUAAUUUAGAAAGGGGGAAAAUACCACGUGAGGAUAAUCCACCCCAAGACAAUCAACCGGUGGUACAAAGAGAAGAAGGAGACUCGAAACGGGGAGUGAACUAUCCUUGUAGGAAAACUUCACCAGAGGGAAAGAACAAACAUAGUGGUAAAAAGAAGCAAAACGGUAAAGCUGCCACAGUAGUGAAUACCCUCCCCAAUGGUAGCCAUAUACACGGGGAGGAGAAAGUCAUCACAACAGAACAGAUUCAAACCCACCACAUGGAAAAAAAAAACAUUUUAUUCUUCUCCAACUUUAUUUGCAACAUGGAUGAUUCAAAUGGCGUCAAGGGAAGGCACCACUUCUCCGGGGCGACUGACAUACACUUCCACGUGGAUAGGAGCAAUAGGGAGGUUAAUAGAAUUUUAUUUGGCCGUAUCACCAAGGGGGGACAAAUAGACGAGGAGAAGGGUGGCUACACGAAGGGAAACUCCUCACCAAAGACAAGUCAUGCAUUCGUAAGGCUGAAACGAAUCAACACUGGUACUGUGCUCAGACGGGAAAGCGACACUGAACUUGGGAACCCACAAAGUUGUAGGAAAAAAAAAAAGCAUACAAUGAAGUGCAGAAUUGUAAGUGCGAAAAAGGGUGCUAAAACGGUACAACACGGAGAAGACACCAACAAGUGCACCUUUUCCGAUAACCAAGCAGUCGAUCCUGAUGAGGAAAAGUUCCGUUCCAACAUGCAUCUAAUGAGACGGAUUUUCCAGAUGGAUCGAAAUUGCCAAGAGGUAGAGGCAUUUCUAAAAUCGUACGAGGGGGGGUCCCCAUACCCACGGUUUCAUCUGCUGAGGAGACACCCCUACAGGUCAGCGAGUUUUUUAGUUUGGAAGGUUUUGCGCAGUAGAGGAAAAGUGGGUGACCCAGACAGGGGCGUAACUGAAGAAGACGCCAAAAUGGAGGGUAACUGUGGUACUAAAAGAGAUUACCAUCUGGGGGUGGACAGCCAUGCGGCCACCUACUUCCAACUGCGCUACUGUAGCAUCAUCAAGAAGUACGUAUGUCACCUGUUCAACCUCUUCGUGUGGAAAGAAAAUUUAAAAAAAAACGUGGAACAGACGAUACAACAUGUGCGCAGAAAUAUGCACCUAUUCACAGACGACGUAGACUUUGAACCCCUUAACGAAAUCAUACAAUCUUACAACCGGUUGAAAAGAGCAGGGGUUAAGAACAAAAAAGUGGAACUAGUCCUGUGUAAGGAAAUAGACACCAUUAUGAUGAAGACCUGGCUACAUAUUUUGAAGGGGAAAAAUAACUCCACCAAGAAGGAGAAAAUGUGCAUACAAAAAUGGAUAGAUAUGCAGAUGUUCCUUUUGAUCUUUUUCUCCUUCUACUCGAUCAGCAUAGAACAUGAGUUGUAUGUUAAGCUGUCCCACUUUGUAAACGAAAUGGUGUGUUGCCUGCUCAGUCAGGAGGAGGGGCUGCCAUCCAAAAAUGAAAAAGAGAAACAUUUGCUCAUUUUUAAUUAUUUCCCAAAAAGUAAAAAAGAUUUUUACUUCUUCGAGGGAGACAAUUAUCACUUCCCGUUUGUGCAAAAUAUUCGGGAGGAAGUGCGUAAAUUUUUAACGGAGCAUCUAAACGGAAGAAGUUCGACCAAAGCGCGAAGUGAUGAAUCCACUGAUCACACAGAACGUGACAAGGAUAUCCUCCUUAUGGCCAAGGAGUUCCAUUUCUUAAGCACCUGCAAAUUUGUUCACAAAUUUAAUUGCCUUCUCAACGACACGGUGUCUACUCUUAGAACGUACUUUUUCAUUUUUCACGACCUCAACAAUUACAUAGACGAUUUUAUUGCCUUUCAUUACUUUGGCAUGUACAAACAGGUGAACCUCGCUUGUGGGCGCGUAAAAAGGGCCAUCCGAAGGGGAAGGCAUAUCAAUUUUUCCUACACAGGGAGGAUGAGAAAAAGAAAAGAAGAAAGACGCCUUCGGGAUGGGAAUGGAAAAGGGACAAAAUGGAGGAAACACUCAUCUGGCUUAGUCCAACCUAGAAAGGGGGACACCUCCGUAAACACCGCACACAAAUCUGUUAGGAAGAGAGAGAGAAAAAAAUGCAAUUUUAAAAAUGAGGAACAUACCUUUUUUAACGUCACCGAAAUGAAACAGUCUUUGCGAAAUAACAUGCCUUUUACUUUUUUAAAAAAUCUUGUGAACCACAUCUUUGUUGAAUAUCACUCCGUUAUCAUAUCCAGAGGGGACCUCAAAAAUGCCAUCGCGAAGAGUCUCCUUUUUGUAAAAGACAAGACAGAACAAGUGAAUAUUUUCAAGUUGAUUGGCGGUACUCUCCUAGACGUCUACUUCAAAGAACGUAGUAUCUCUCCGGAGCCGUUCCUCCUAGAAGGAUGUCACAAAAACGACGAUAAUGAUUCGCCAUGUGUCUUACCUCACACGGAGGGAGAACAAAACAGAUAUGUUUUUUUUCUAGACUUUUUUUUCUUUCUUCUUUUUUUUUUCUUCAAAAAGGAGGGCCAUCGUAAUUGCGCUUAUAAGAUUUUUCCGAAUUACUUGAACAUCCUGGAGGAGAAAAUGACAUCCAAGGGAGAACUCAGUAAGGACGAAAGGCUGCAGGUGCUGAGGAGCUGUCUCUCCUUUUGGGGAAGCAUAACUAAUGGGGACAGCCCGCUUGGGGGAGGUGGUUUGAUUGAGCAGGGGGUAACCACACUGGCCGAAAAGGGUGGAGAGAAAUAUAACUCGGAAAACGCCAAGAAUGUAUUUUCAGAUGCAACUAAAUACGCAACUAAUCGCGCAGCUAGCCAAAAUUGCGCAGAAAAAAACCACCUGAGCAACACACAAAAAAAAAAAAAUUUCGAAGAAAGCGUCGACUACUUCACAUUUGAACAGUUUGCCUCCUUGGGAUUAUUCGACUUCGCGAAGGACACACAAAAAAAACUCACAAAGGAAGAAAGAAAAAAGCAAAACUACGAAAUUUAUCUACUGAAUAAAUUUGUUUUUAAUUUUUUAUAUUCACUUAGUUUAUUUCCUAAUUUUUACGAACAUGUCCAAAUUUAUGUAAGAAAAUAUUUGUUGAAAAAAAAUACAGAAGUGGUCUCCUCCUUUGAAAAGUGUGUAAUGGAAAAGAUGAGCAGUACAGAGGGGUAUGUCCACGUCGCCCCUGCGCAGGCAUGGGGGGAGGGCGUAAAAGAUUUGCGAAAAAGGCAAGACCAUUCUGCAACACUGUUUAAUACAAAAAAAAAGGUGCGGGUAAAAGAAAUACUCAUUUUUUUUCACACCAGCUAUCAUUACGACAGUUAA